AUGUCCGACCCUGCUACCCACGAGUCCCCCUUCCUCUCUCUCCCAGGCGAGAUGCGCGAGAUGAUUUACGCUUUCGUAUUUAUGGACCCCUACACCCAGGCGGGCCCGAUGGACAGCCUCGUGCAGCGCGUCCCACAUAGCAGCAGCCUUCGCUGCGUGAGCAGGGCCCUCCACCAAGAUACCGCGCGCUGCUAUGACAACGCUCUGAAGCUGUACGACGGAAAACGACAGGGGAUGGUGGAGGGCCUGGUGAAGUAUUACGAAGACAAUACGCCCGAGAUGAUUGCAAAAGUCGGGGUUGGGAAAUGCAUAGCGUUGCUUUCGGAGAAGACGGGCGACGGAAAGCUCUGCAGGCAUGAGUGUGCGCGGAGGAAGAGAGAAGGGGAGAUGGGAUGCUACAUGUGUGAGGAUCCCGCGCAUCGGGAAUGUUUCGAGUGUGGGCGGAAUCUGUUGAUUCCGUUCUUUUGCUUGACGUACGAGCCCCUCCUGACGUUUAUCGCUAUUGGUAAAACGAUCCUGACGUUCUCAUAGUCCUACGUUCAAUUUUCCGGCUCCAGCGACGAUCGUUCCUGGGACACACGGCAGCAGGCAAACCAUCACCGGCCUCUCCAUUGCAUCGGUUCCACGUUCCCGCGUCGAGAGACUUCGUCCCGGCUCCAAACUUGCUAUGCCGACUGCUUCGUUCCCCUGGUACUGGUGGCAAGAGCUUGCCGCUAGGCACAAAGCAAUCGACGUUCGCUGCUGUGUUCGUAUGGACGCUAUCGAUCAGUACUACAGAACUCCUCAGCCAAAGAGAUCGCGAUUCACAGAGGCUGUCAUUAGAGCAAUGGAGAAGACUGAUGGGAAAGACAUGGAGUUUGUGGGUAAAGUCGAGAGAAAGCUGUGUCGCAGUGGAAAGUUGAGGUGGGAAGGAGAGUUCGAGAGAAGGGCGAUUGCAAAAGCGAGGAUGCAUCGAGUGCCAGUGGAGGUUUUCAAGCCGGACGGAUUUGGCGUGGCCGAGAAGAAAAAAGCAUAA